AUGUCGCGCGAUCCCAUUACCUGUCACGUCCUCAACACCCUCACCGGCACCCCCGCCGCCAACCUCCCCGUCACCUUGACACGCGUCGUCCCAUCCUCCUCCACCACCACCAGCAACACCCCCACCCCGACUACCACCUACCACGCCACCACCAACGCCGACGGCCGCGUCGCCAACUGGACCCCAUCAUCCGGGUCAGAAGAAACACCAGCCUCCGUCGCCGCCGUGCUGGCCGCGCUCCCCGCCGACGCAGACCCCGUCACCCACUGGGCGGUGCGCUUCGACGUCGGCCCCUGGUACGCGGCCCAGGGCGUCGAGAGCUUCUGGCCCGAUGUGGAGGGGGUCGAGGGGAAGGAUGGGUGGCGCCAUUAUCAUGUGCCGGUUUUGUUGGGGCCGUGGAAUUAUUCGACUUAUCGGGGGUCGUAG